CCGCCCAGCGUUUUUCCAUUGCCAUGGAAAGUGGAGCCGGAGGGAGAGAGAGGAGGACAAGCCCAGCUCUUCUGGCCGCCGUUUAGACAGCCGACCGUCCCGCCACCGACUCGGGGAGGAGGAAGUGCCAUUGUACCAUGCACGCCACGGACCCCAGGGGGAAUACCCCUGCUUUCCAUCAACCCCAGAAUGGAAACAGCCAUCGAUCUUCUGGUUAUGUUCCAGGGAAAGUUGUCCCAUUGCGGCCACCCCCACCUCCAAAGAGCCAAGCUUCAGCCAAAUUUACCUCGGUCAGACAAGAAGCCCGUGCCACAUUUGCAUUCUCACCUGAGGAGCAGCGCUCACAGAGAGAAGAUAGAAAGCAGAAGAGGCACAAAAAUACUUUCAUUUGCUUUGCAAUUUCUAGCUUUUCAUUUUUCAUUGCACUUGGCAUCAUUUUAGGAAUAUCCUCAAAAUAUGCACCAGAUGAGAACUGCCCAGAUCAAAACCCCCGUCUCAGGAACUGGGAUCCAGAACAAGAUACAGAAAAACAAGUCAUUAUCAAGAAAGGAGAUUGGCUUCGACUGAACUCGGAUGUUACCGUGAAUUCCAUAGUCAUACAGGAUGGAGGAUUACUUGUCUUUGGAGAUGAAAAAGAUGGAUCCAGAAAUAUUACUCUAAGAACUCGUUACAUCCUGAUCAAGGAUGGUGGAGCGCUUCAUAUUGGAGCAGACAAAUGCCGCUACAGAUCCAAAGCGACGAUUGCCUUGUAUGGCAAGUCAGAUGAAGGUGACAGUAGGCCAACAUUUGGCAAAAAGUUUAUUGGCGUGGAGGCUGGGGGGUCGCUGGAACUGCAUGGGGCUUGGAAAAUGUCUUGGACCUUCUUGGCAAAGACGCUGCAUUCCUCAGGGCUGGCCUCUGGUUCUUACACCUUCGAAAAGCCUUUUCUCCGUGGCCUCAACUUGAGAGUGAUCGAUCAAGACACGGCAGAAGUUUUGGUGAUUGAUAGGUUUGAUACACACGAGUACCAGAAUGAGAGCAGGCGACUUCAAGAUUUUUUAAAAGCCCAAGAUCCUGGUCGUAUCAUUGCUAUAGCUGUAGGAGAUUCAGCGGUCAAAAACUUACAGAUUGAAACCAAGCAAACCAUCCAGAAUCUUCUGGGAAGUAAUCUGAUCGAAGGAUUGAGUUACAGGCAAGCUUGGGCUCUAGUUGGUGUCAUUGGAACUGCUUCUUGCAACGAAUCAGUGAGAAACUAUGAAAACCACAGUACCGGAGGGAAAGCCUUGGCUCAAAGAGAAUUUUCCACAGUGGAUGGUCAGAGGUUUUCUGUGACCGCUUGUAGCGAAUGGAAUGAAGGGGUGCCUCUUUCGAGCUUUCAAGUAGAGGCCAUAGAUGGAGUGAAGUUGCAUCUGGUGGAUGAUGCGAGUGGCUGGAAACCUGGAGACCAGAUUGUGGUUGCCAGCACAGACUACUCAAUGUACCAAGCGGAGGAAUUUACUCUCCUUCCCUGCCCUGAAUGCAACAAUUAUCAGGUCAAAGUCAAAGAAACCCCUCAGUUCCUUCACAUGGGAGAGAUCGUGGACGGUGUGGACAUGAGGGCAGAAGUUGGGGUUCUAACCCGGAAUGUCAUAAUCAAGGGAGAGAUGGAAACAGCUUGCUAUGGUGACAACCAAUGUCAGUUCUUCAAUUAUGACACCUUUGGGGGACACAUCAUGAUAAAGAAAAAUUUCUCCUCUGUCCAUCUUUCUCAUGUGGAACUGAAGCAUAUGGGCCAGCAGCAGACUGGUAGCUACCCUGUUCAUUUUCACCACUGUGGAGAUGUGGAUGACAAAGGAGGGUACAGACCCCAGACAUAUGUGGACGGCCUCUCUAUCCAUCACUGCUUUUCUCGAUGCAUUUCUAUUCAUGCCACUAACGGUUUGCUGAUAAAAGACACCAUUGGCUUUGACACACUAGGUCAUUGUUUCUUCUUGGAAGAUGGUAUUGAACAGAGGAAUAUUCUGUUUCGCAACCUUGGACUUGUCACCAAACCAGGCACUCUCCUUCCCACUGACAGAAAUAAUACCAUGUGCACUGCCAUUAGAGAUAAAGUGUUUGGAAGUUACAUUCCCGUGCCUGCCACAGAUUGCAUGGCUGUUUCAACUUUCUGGAUUGCUCACCCCAACAAUCAUCUGAUUAAUAAUGCAGCUGCAGGCUCACAGGAUGCUGGAAUAUGGUAUUUAUUCCACAAGGUACCUACAGGAGAAUCCAGUAAACUGCUUGGACUGACCAAAGCUGAGCUUACACCUUUAGGCAUUUUUUAUAACAACAGAGUUCAUUCAAAUUUUAAGGCUGGAUUAUUUGUGGACAAAGGUGUGAAAACAUCCAAUGCUAGCGCUUCUGAUCCCAGGGAAUAUCUCUGUUUGGAUAACAGUGCAAGGUUUCGACCUCACCAGGAUGCAGACCCUGAGAAGCCCCGCGUUGCUGCUCUUAUGGACAGACUUAUCACUUUUAAAAAUAACGAUCAUGGAGCUUGGGUCAGAGGAGGAGACAUUAUCAUUAAGAAUUCAGCAUUUGCUGACAAUGGAGUAGGUUUGACAUUUGCCAGUGAUGGAAGCUUCCCCAAAGAUGAAGGCUCCAGCCAGGAAGUAUCAGAAUCCCUCUUUGUUGGAGAGAGCAGAAACUAUGGCUUCCAGGGGGGUCAAAACAAGUACAUGGGCACAGGAGGGGUAGACAAGAAGCUUCGCACUUUGCCUCGGAACCGGACAUAUCCUAUCCGAGGUUUUCAGAUUUAUGAUGGACCUAUUCACCUCACCAAGAGUACGUUUAAAAACUUCAUGCCAACGCCAGAUAGGUACAGCAGUGCUGUUGGAUUCCUCUUGAAGAACUCCUGGCAGAUAACACCUAAGAAUAACAUUUCCCUUGUGAAGUUUGGGGCACAUGUUUCCCUUAAUGUCUUCUUUGGUAAACCUGGCCCCUGGUUUGAAGACAGUGACCUGGAUGGUGACAAGAACUCCAUAUUCCAUGACGUGGAUGGGUCUUUGACGGGAUACAAGGACACUUAUGUGGGCAGAAUGGACAACUACCUGAUCAGACACCCAGAAUGCAUUAACGUUACCAAAUGGAACGGCGUGGUCUGCAGUGGCACCUAUGCCCAGGUUUAUGUGCAGACAUGGAGCACCCAGAAUCUUACCAUGACCAUCACCCGGGACGAAUACCCAUCCAACUCUAUGGCCCUGCGGGGACUUAACCAGCGAGCUGCUUUUCAGCAGUACCAGCCCGUGGUCAUGCUUGGAAAGGGAUACACAGUUCACUGGAAUGGACCAGCCCCACGAACCACAAUUCUUUACCUCAUAAAUUUUAACAAGAAUGACUGGAUUCGAGUUGGCCUCUGCUACCCAUCAAACACCACUUUUCAAGUUACAUUUGUCAUUUUCCAGAGGCAAAACAAUGCUUUCUUUAGUACGGAGGAAUAUGAGCCUGUCUUCUCAAUGGAAGAACUUCAGAGGAAGCGGGCUGAGAGAAAGUUCUAUUUUGACUACAGCACUGGAUUGCUGUUUUUAUAUCUCAAAGCCAAACACAACAGGGAUGGUCACAGCUACUGUUCAUCUCAGGGAUGUGAAAGGGUCAAAAUCCAGGCAACAACGGGAUCAAAGGACAUCAGUUACUGUAUGGCUUCUGCAUAUUCAAAAUACUAUGAAACGCCUUCAGUCAUCAAGCAAAUGCCAACCAAACUGACCGGACCGUGUCGCGGCUGUGGCACCCAACAGACGGUGUUCACAAGCGAUCCACAUAAAACCUACCUCCCUGUAUAUAUCCUGUCACCCAGUAAAGCUGAGAUUCAGCGUGGAAAUCAGUCUUUCAUCUUGGUCAAUGGCACUACCUUUCCUUUCAAAGAUGUGGGUGUGUUCCUUCUCCUUGUGGACGCCUGUGGUGCCGUGGGCCGGGUGACUGAAAACCGAUUCUUUCCUCUUGCCGAUGUUAAACACUUGGAAGAGCAUUUAAAAACGGCCAUUCCUCCAAGGUCAAUUGUUCUGCUGAGCACAAGAGGUGAAAUAAAAAAUCUGAAUAUUUCAGAAGCAUUAAUUCCUCUAGGAUUAGCCAAACCAGCCCAUCUCCAAAACAAAGGGAGCAUAGCAUUCCUGGGAUUCAGUGGAAACUUCAAACCAUCUUGGUCUAAGUUGUUUACCAGUCCUGCUGGACAGGGCCUAGGCCUGCUUGAAAGGUAUAUACCAUUACAACUGGAGGCGUAUGGCUGUGAUAGAGUCAACAGUAUCCGAAGAAGGGACUUAGAACUUUUAAAGCAAGCUUCAAGAGCACAUUAGAGACUAAGAUGUAGCUUGAGUGCUGGAAAAAAAAUGUGAACUAACUUAUUUAAUUUAUGGCAUUUUAAAUGACACUGUUAACCCACGAAAAUCAUUUUCCUGUUAAGACUUAUUUCUGUAUCAAAAUUGACAGCUUGAAUGCCAGUUCGCGCACCUUGUAGUUGUACAAAAUAUUAAAGAUUUUAUACCUAUUUGUAAAGCCGGGUUUUUGCAGAGAUUUUCCCCUCACCCUGAAGUUUGUAUUCACUGUAAACAGUUUUCUUGGUUUUAUACCUUUUGUAUUGUGGGGAAAUGUGGGAUGUCCCUAAGGGCUUGGGACUUGUUUGAGAGUAAAUUUUAGAUUGCACCUUGGAUUACUUGAAAUCUAGCAUUGAAUUGUAUGUCUUGUAGCAAUUUGAACAGGCCAUUUGGCUGAUUUCAAUGACUCCUUUGCCCCUGAUUUUAGGCAGCCCAUUUCUGAGGAUUUUAUAUGUAGCUGACUUUUUUUUAAAUUCCCCUUAAGUGGCAGCUCAGGUGUGGCUCCUGCCCUUUUUCUGUAAUGUGCUACUUUAUUCAGUACACUGAUCUGGGUCCUUUUUUUUAAAAAAAAAGUGUUUGGUUUUCAACAAUAAAAUGAAUUGGGAAGCAGUGGCUUUGUAGGUAAAACUUAUUUUAAACCUGGGAGCAACAGGUGAAAUGUUAUUCUAGUAACCAGGGUUUGAAGUUGGUUGGGACUAUUCUGCAGCUUUAAUUCUUAGACUGUUCUGACUGUAUAUUUGUAUUUCAAGUGCAGUGCUAAGAUGUAUAUUUACAUGUGUUACUUAUUUUAAUAAUCUGGCUGUUCCCCCCAACCUAUAACUCUGUCUCUUUUUAAUAUGCACAAAAGGGGCCUGUUUGUUGGGUUACAUUGGCUCUCAUGGGCAGGUAAGAGGUACCCAAGGCAGGUGGCUGAAUCUCGUUACCAAGGUUUUUGUACUUUAUCAAAUGAGCAAGAGGGGCUGGAGGGGAGGGCUAUGAACACUCGUCAUUUUGCUCGAUCAAAUCCAAAGGUGACUAGAUUGUGCCUUUGAGUCGAUAGGAAAUUCAGCUCUGUGACUUAGAAAGUAUGCUACCUCAGAGUGCUACCAAUAAACCUUUCUGAUUGUAAUCUC